UUCCCCACCCACAAUGCAUCAUCGCUGCAAACCCAUCUCUAGCAUGCUUGUAUCCUGGUCGUGAUCUGAAGUCAUUGCCGCAUAGAAGCUCUUGUUAGUCUCAUAUUUUAAACCGUGAUAAUGGUGAAGUACUGAAGAUUAAAUGCACUCUGCACUACAGUAAUCACACUUUAAGCGGGACGGGCCUUGCACCAUGUCAUCCAACGACCAGGAUUUUGACUUUGAUGAAUAUGACAAACCCGGGGCUGAGCGGUCACGCAGAAGGAGAGGUGAAGAUGAUGAUCUUGAGAGUGAUUUGGAAGAGGAUUUGUUGGAAGAGGACUGGCUGUCCAGUAAAAAGAAUCCAUCAGAAAUGUCAGAUGAAGAGCUGAAUGAUGAUCUUCUCAGAAGUGAUGAUGAAGAUGUAGAUCAGAGUGGUCAGGAUAUCAGCCUCAAUGCCACAUAUACCCUGGGCACAUCCUAUGACCAGCAGGACAACUCACAGGAAGCAGACUAUACCGAUGACGUUGUGAACCUUGGUGCAGAGGGCUGCGAAGAAGGGGAUGUGGAGGAGGCGGAAGAGUACCAGCAAGAGGAUGAGGCAUAUACAGAGGAAUAUGGCCAAGAAGAUGGCGCAGAGAUUUCCGAAGACCAAAUGGGUUACGCUGGAGAGCCAGCAGAGGCUGACGAUGACUAUCAGGACGGUGUGCUAAACAUCCAAAUCAAUGAGCCUAUUGAUGGUGAAUUUCAAGAUGAAGAAUACGAAACCCCCUAUGGUGAUGAGCCUCUUGAUGAAGAUGGAGCUCAGCAGGAGGAGGGUGCAGAGGAGGUGGAGGGAGAUCAGCAGAACGAAGAAGACACUGCUGAAGGGACUCGAGUCUAUGACAUGGAGGAGGGUGAAAAUGAGGCUGUGCGAAAAGAAGAAGAAGAAACAAAGGAGGAAUCGGACGAAGAAGACGAGGAAGAUGAAGAGUCUGGCCGCAUAAGGUUCAAAUCUGAAAGAAAGGAGGGCGUUGUUGUGCGGCUGGCAGAUGCAGGCUCCAAAAGGCGGAACAUCCCUGAAACACUAGAACUGUCAGAGAAGGCCAAGCGAGAUUUGAUGGAAUUCGAGGAGCAAGAACGGCAGAAGAAACAAAAUCGUCACGGAGGCAGAGGCCGAGUUGGGGGACGGGGAGGCAGAGGAAGAGGAGGCUUCCCAGGGUUUGAAAUGGGAGACUAUAGAGGAGGAAACAGAGGAAGAAUGAACGACCAGAGAUUCCCCCCGAUGGGAAACAUGGGCAUGCAGCAGUCCUCGCGAAUGCUUCCUCCUCAUCAGUCUCAUCAGCAGCAGCUGCAUUCCCCGCAGCACCACCCCUCACGUCCAAGUGGACCGCCUCACUUCCAAGAUCACGGGCGUCCGCUUCCUCAGCAGCCCCUUCAGCCCCUCAUCCCUCCGCACAUGUCUCAUCGCUCCCCGCCGCUGCGACCCCAGAUGGAGCCGCCACCACGACUGAUGAAUUCCCCGCCACCUAACUUCCCUCCACAUCACCAGCAACAGGCUCCACAACCCAAGAACAUCCACAUUAACCCCCACUUCAGAGGGCCUGCAACGUCACCUGUUCAAGUGCCCUUGAUGCCUCCUGCUCAGAGCCAGCCCAGACCUGCUGUGGGUCCUCAGAGGUUCCCUGGACCGGGAGACUUUCAGCAGCACAUGCCUGGUAAUUUCGGUCAGCCCCAGCGGCCCCCUCAUCACAUGGAGCCUUUUAGGAACCAGCCACCUCAAGGCCCCCAGGACAGAGAACCCCUCUUUAUGGGAGAGCGCACAGAUUCAACACGGUUUCCAGGGCAGCACAUGUUUGAUCACCAGGGCCCCAGCCCUCUGAUGAACAGCGGCAACAACCUCCACCAGCAGCAGCUGCCCAGCCAGGGCCACAUGGGCUUCGGCCCACCAGGACCAGCCUUCAACCAGCCGGGCCAGGGCCCGCUUGGACUGUUUGGGAGAGAACCCCCAAGACACAACAUCCCUCCCCACCAAAAUCACCCGGGAAUGGUGAACUUGAAUCAACAAGGUGGACCCCCCAACCAGCCCAGGCCUUUCAUGGGCCCUCGUCAAGCUUUUGGCCAACAGGGGAACCUUUUCCCUCCUACACAAGUUCCGUUUGGGAUGCAGGUACGACUAAGAGGCUUAAUGCACGGCCCUCCUGUUUCCCAGCUUCCACAUCAUGAUCCGCUGUCACCCCAUCAGCCCAUGCACCAGCAGCAGCAACACCAUAGGCAGGACUUACCCCACCAUCAGCAGCCGCAGCUAAAUCUCGGUGAGCCUCGCCCCAUGAUGCACCAUGGCCAGAAUCCUUUCCAUCAACAGCAGGGGCAUGGCAGCCCCAGGCAGAUGAAUCCCCGCCCUCUGAACCCCCAACAGCGCCACAUGUCUAACAGGCAGAGAAUGAACACACCUGUCUCCAAGCAAAUGCAGCAGCGCAACAGCAACCUACGUGAGCUCCCUGUAGCACCUGGCAACACAAACACGAACAGCGCCCGCCCUGCCACCACCCCCACCUCCCCCGCUGCCAACAUCAAGCCUGUUGCCAGGACAACACAGGGGAUGCGUCCUGGGCAGAACACUCAGCCGAUGCCUGACGGUGGCAAAGGAAGAGGCCAAGCUGUUGCGAAGACUGAAUCACAGCCUGAGGGAGCAGGCAGGACAGUUGUUCGCAAGGAAAUUCCAAGCACGCCGUCCGGCGUGAGACCACAGGAUCCUGAUGAGGAUGAGGAGACACGGCAGUAUCGUCUGAAGAUUGAGGAGCAGAAGCGUCUGAGAGAGGAGAUUCUAAAGAGGAAGGAGAUGCGACGGCAGAUGCAGGCUGGUGUCAGGAAGAAGGAGCUGCUUGAAAGACUUAAUGCCCAGGCACCAAGCCAAGGCACCAGUACUACACAAGCUCAGCCCGAGCAACCAAAUAAGCAAAUACCACACCCUGUACCUCCAGCACAACAACAGCAGCAGCAGCAACAACAGCCGCAGCAGCGACCACCACCACCAGAACACAAACCACAACAGCAACUGCAACCACAACAGCAAAGACAGUUUCCUCAGAGAACACAACAAUCAGUAAAUCCCACAUUAAAGACUGGCAAUCAAGGUAACGCCAUCCCUCCCAGCAGUGCUGCUCAGACCCCUGCGCCCCGUCCUAAUGUCAAGACACGGCUGCAGAUGGUAAAAGGCAGCAUUCAGCAGCAACAGCUUGCCGGGCCUGUUAAGCAACCCCAACAAAAUCAGCUGCAGCCAGUGCAGCAGCGAAGGAACAGCGCUUUGCAGAACGUAAACCGAUCUGGUGCUCCUAUCCAAACUGUUCAAGUUCCUCAAAGAAACGUACCUGAUACCCGUUCAGCGAGUCCAGCCCUGGCUCAGGCUCAAGGACCUAAACUUGGCGCUAAAAGAACUGUGAUGCAGCGGGCAAAGAGUACUAGCUUCGAGGGCCAGCAGGUGCCGCACAAAGUCAGAGUCGUCAAACUUACAGGAGCGAGUGGAAAGGGGCCUGAGGCCACAAGCAGCCCAGUACAGGAACAAGGCGCCUGGCCAGCAGCUUCGCUCAACCAGGGCAUCCAAAGGAAAGUUACCAUGACAGGACAGCAGCAACAGGGACCAGGUGGACCGUCGCAGGCUAGCCGCGGGGGCAUGGGCAACCCACAACAAAACAGGGUUGUUGUGUCAGGCCGGGGCCGAGGUAGAGGGGGUGGCCAGAUGGGUCGAGGUCGUCCGAUGCCCACCAGACAGAGCCAAAAGACUGCUGGGAGUGAGCGCUGCACUGUGUCCAUUGAAGGCCUCUCCUCAUCUACAACCGAUUUGCAGCUUAAGAACCUUCUGAGGUCCAUCGGCCCCAUAAAGACUUUCAAAAUGAUGCCCCAGCAGAGGAAAGCAAUUGCUACAUUUUCCAGUCCCCAGCAUGCAACAAGUUUCCAAAUGAGCUUCCACAGGCACAUGAUUGAUUUGUCCCACAUUGAUGUGUCGCUGAUUGACGGAUGAGGAGCGUUAAAAAGCCAGCGGGUCCUUUUGCAAGAAGUCGCUCUCUCCCAACGCUGGAGGGUCUCCUGCACAGCUCCAACCUGGUCUACAGAUACUUCUCCAUUUCUUUUGGGGGUCACUAACAUUCAGCGCCUCUGCACAGAAGCGUCAUUCAUCAAGUCGUCUCCCAUCGAGCUGGGACAGUGAACACAAAGACAUUAGCUGAGAGCAUGCCUGUGUUUGACUUUUCUACCAAGUGUCUGCAGUUGUGAAAAUGGCACUGGAGAGACACUGGACAGCUUCUGCUAUUUCAAUGUAGUUUGUGAGGAACAUUUAUUUUGCAUCUGACACGGACACUAUAAGUAGAGCUCAUCGUGGGAUAAUGGUUGCUCCCCUCUUUAGUGAAAUUCUUCGUGACAAAUGACACUUGAACGCUGUGAUUCUAACGUGACCACUUAAUAGUAUUUUUUAUGUUAUUCGUGGUGCGGUGCUCAUGCAGGGGGAAUGGUUGUGCUAGGAUGCGGUCAGCCUGUUCAUGCAGUGGGUCUCCCCUGUCUGUAGAUGGUAGUAUUUUAUCACUAUUGGUGUUUCAGUCUUUCUCUUGCAGCCCUGCAUUCGGGUAGCUGUGAAGUCUGUUUUUUGGUCUAUGGCACUACCUAGUGGGGUUCCUGCAUAUAGGCAGAGAGGUGUCCUGGUUGUGAUGAUUCAAGAUGUCAUAGCAGUGACCAAAACCCAGCUGGAAUAGGCUGUGAUUAUUUUUUUGCUAAAUUCCCUGUGGUUUAAAGAAUUGUAAAUGUGGGCACUGCUGAGUUAAUUUCUCCUGUUUUUCAGUUUUAUUGUUGCUUACUAAGUCCUUUCUAUAUCUCUCUCUCCCUCUCUCUCUCUCGUUUAAGUUAGUUGGUUAUUACUCAGCUUUUAACUGUUAACUAGAAUACAUUGUGGAUGAACCUUUCAUGCCUUGUUUGAGAUGCAUUUUAGUUGGAUGUCUGAUUAUGACGUAGUUAGAUUUAGGUUUCGAGGUUGUGCCGAGUGUGCUUUGUGGCAGUGAGUAUGUAGACAUGUUUUUUGAGUUUGUUUUCUUUCUUUUUAAUGAGCUUGGCAGGGUAUUUGACAUUGUUGGUAGAUGGAAAAGAACUGUUUCCAGUUCUCUGCAGCAUAAACAGACAUUUCUGAGAAGUUCCUUGAGGAUACAUUCCUUACUCUCCUCUGGAAUUGGAAUAAGUUUGGAAAUAUUUACCCAAAUUUGAGUGACUAUCAGCUUGGUGCCUUAUUGAUCAGUAAGCUGCAUAGCAGACUGUUUUUCCUUCACGCAGAACGGUCGGUUUGGAUAAAAGAGGAGGAAAUAUAAACAAAAUUCACCUUAAUACUUUGCCCUGGAGACUGUAGAGAGAUAUAUUUUCCUAAAUACACUAAUAUCUCUUUUGACAAUUUUACACAUUUUUUUCCCCAAAUAUUUUUUAGACUAAUUCUGAGCCAUCCGCACUUACAGUACAGUGUCCAACAAAUUGCUUUAAUUUUCAUUAAGCAUUUACCCUGGAUAGGAAGGUGCUGGCACAUCACUGAAAACCCCAAAUUCUCUGAAUACUAAGCCGUUUCUGUUUUCUGGCUCGGAGUUUGACUUCAUAAAACAUCAAAGUUAAGCUAAAUGAAGCUCGUCACAUUUUUAAUUUUUUUUGUUAUUCAGAUUUUUUUCUCCUCUCACAUCACAAAACUGUUUGUGUAUUGUAGUUGUAAAAAUGUGUUAAAAGUUUAAAUGCAGAUGUUUUUCCACAUCCAAGACUAACUGAAAUUGUUUUAUAUACAUUAUUCAAAGGGACGAGACAGAACAACGAGAGGGGGCAACCAUUACCCGCGUAGUGAUCAUGUGCAUAAGUCAGGCUUUCACUCGAUAUUUAACUUGUUAAAUUUUUUUGACUUCACUCACAUUGUAUCAGGAAAAACAACUUUUAUAUGUAAAGGAUAUGCUGACGUGUCCAGACAUAAAUCAUUUUUACAAGUAUUUUGUUUCUAUUUCCAAACGAGGAAUGACUGGACCACAUUUGUGUUAAACAAUACAUUUGACAAAAAGUUUAAGGUAAAAAGAAAAAACGAACAAAUAACCAAAAAAACAAGUGUAAAUAAAAAUAUGGCCAAUAUACCGUGAACAUGCAGGUAUGUGAAGCCACUUGAACUUUA